UUUGUUACGACAGUGAAGGCUUGAAAAAGCUUAAAGAACCCACUGAAAAAACCCAGCAGCUUCCAGCUAAACGUCUACAUUGUAUUAGGACACUCUGGGCGUCGGAAGUAAAGGAGAGUUAAAUUGUAACUGCUUAUAAUUUAAGGAUACAACAUGAAUCAUGGAGCGUUUUGUACCACAGACUGGGGGUUGGGUGGCACUGCUGCUCUCUCUCUCUCUCUCUCUCUCUCACUCUCUCUCUCUCACGCGCGCACACACACACACUCACUCACACACACACACACACACAAGGCUUUUGCUUUAACAUGACCAGGGCCACGAUCAAAACAAGCCAUGCAUUUCCAUGCAGAACGUGUUUCCGACCCGCUCACGUUUUGCACCGUCUUGAUGGCUCGGUGAAAGCAAGCGAUGCACUGACUUGUUAUUUUCCAGCGCCAAUGAAUUAAUCUAGUUACAUUUCUGUUUAUUUUUACAGCCUUAGAGUAGAAAUGAAAGCCGAGUCCGGGCCUAACGCUGUUCUUAGUGCCGCUUCCUGCAGAUCUGGCUUUCACAAAUCGCCAAAAAGUGACUUCUCUCCUUCCCCUGUGAUCGGAUACCGGAUGGUUUUGUCUUGACCGAGCCUUAAAUGGACGAAGCCAUGCCAACAUGAAUCAGUCGUAUAAAGUGGGCGCCAAGGAUGGCUCGGAAUGUCGCCCUGGCUCGCAGUGUCCGCAGGUCACUUCCUGUGGGCUCCAGCAUGGCGCUAAGCACUCGUCCUCCUUUGGAUACAACCAAAGGGAAACGUCCUCCAGCUACAGUCCACUCAGAAGGCUGCAGGACCUGACGGCUAUGGUGAGCAGGCCCGAUAUGAGCUUACAGGACUGGGACUUCCACGGGCGAGCUAAAGCACACAUGCACAGCCCAGAGUUUGGCCUCAGCCUUGUUCACACACCUCAAACCUUCAGUCACGGUACUGAUGAUGGUGCGUUCAGAAAUGUCCAGAAUCUGGACAAAAACGGCUUUUCUCCCGUGAGCUCGGACAGCCUGGAGCACAUCUCUCCAAUCCCCAAUGGAUUCUUGCAUUUUGAAUCAAGCCUCUUUGACAGUGGGGACAGUAAGGAUGACCACGAGGAAGUGGAGCGUGUGGCGCCGUUCAAACCUUCAGCGAAAAACUGCCAGAAAAGGGAUUCAAAUGCAAAGCGUUUCUCUGAUUCAGGAGUAAACCUGAGCUUGAACAGACAUGAACGUUUUGACCCAGUUUCUAAAAGUUCUCCACAGCCAGAACCUUCUCCUAGUCCUCCAAUGCCCGUUGAAGUCAUGCUAAAGGAUUUUGACAGUUCGGACGGCUACUCUGAUAGCGAUUGUGACCUUCCGAGCACUGAGAACUGUGCAUCGAUGUUCAACGUUGGCCUUUCUCAGAGGCCAAGCUCACCUAGCAGCACCUACUCAGAUCCUUCCGACAGCCCAAAGAAGAAGCCUCUUCCAGAAGUGAAGUUUACUGUGGGUGAUGUGGUGUGGGCCAAGUUUAACCGCAGGCCUUGGUGGCCUUGUCGCAUCUCCAUAGACCCCCUGACCGAGAGCCACACCAGGAUGAAAGAGCCCAGCAGCAGACCAUGUCGAAUGUAUUUCGUCAGGACGUUUGGCGAAAUCGUAGACCAUGCUUGGGUUUCUGGGCAAUCCACGUAUGCUUUUGAAGGAGGUCAGCAGUUUGAGAAACUUCCUAUGAUCAGGCGACGAGGCAGACAGAGAGACAAGGGUUACAUGGUUCCAAAGCACUUGAUGCCUCUGUGGAAAGCCAGUGUGCUGGAUGCAGAAGCAGCUCUACCAGAGUAUCUCAGGAGUAAACUACAACUUCCCUCAGUCAGAGAGAUUCACUCUCCGGUUACAGAGGAGAGGACAUGCACCUCUCCGACCUUCUCCGACCUUCAUCUGUCUUCAAAGACUUCAGUUUUCUCCAACGGACACAACCUCACCCUUGACGGUUCACCCAAAACUACGGAGAGAAGCAAAAAGAAAUCACCUGCUAAAAGGAAAAAGAGCUCACUGCUGAAAAGUCCUGUUAAAAUCAAAGACGAAUUGUUCUCCAAGGUGAUGUCAAGCCCCACACUGGACAUUACAAAACCUCCUGCUGCUCCCGCAAACAAUCCGGCGUCUGAAUCCGGGGAUUGCCCUUACUCGGACAUUGAUUCGGUUCCCAGGAUACUGUGCCCCAAACGCUCAGAAGAGCAACUUGUGGGGUCGGAUAAAGAACUCUGCGCUGAACCAAAGGCAGAACGUGCAAGUACAAAACUAAGAAAGGUUCGCAAGACGGAGAAAGAAACGCCGGCUUUUAGAAAGCACAAGGCGAACAACAAAUCUGCAGUCAGAAACAAAAGGUGCACCACUUCGAAUGGCAGGAGCGUGGGCAGCACUUCACAAGGAUUAUCAGAUGUCACGCUCGAGAUGCACUCUUUCAACUUGCCGGCGAGUUGCCGCCUCAUGUCCCGUGCCCUCGCAAACUAUGAUAAAUCCAAAGAGAAGGAUGAUCUUGACUCUAGCCAUGAAUCCCGAUUGUCUUCUCCGACUCUGUCUGACGAGCAUGACUCCUUUUCUCCCUCCCUGGACGUAUCCGAACAGACAGAACAGCAAUGGCAGGUGAAAACAGAACCUGUAGUCGAUCUGACCUCUCAGCGCUUCCGAAACAAGACAUUGCUCAAGUUAACAAGAAUCCGGUCCAGCAGGGAGUCCUCUCGGAACGGGUCUCGGCUCAAAGGUAAAGAUUCCACCGUCAGUCCUGUGGAAUUGCCAGUAGCUGGUUUAAACAUCAAGAAAGAAUCAAGCAUUUCUUUUUCCUCCUCUUCCUCUGUUUCAUCCCCAUCACCUUCACCCAUGGAGACUUUCCGGGAACCUAAAGACCUCUCUUUACGCUCUCUAGUCAAAGACGAGUGUAGUUUAGACCAUGAUCACAACUCCAUGUACAAAUUCACAACCUACCUUAUGCUGUUGAAGGAUUUGCACGACAACCGGGAAAAGGAGGGAAGGCCACUGACGCUGCCCCCUACCUCUCCAUCUGCCCUUAUCAAGCAAGAACCCUCACUCCUUCCCUCACAGCCCAACCCUGAACCCACCACUCCCGACAAACUUCACAAGAACGAUAGUCAGACUCCUUGGGUAAAGAACAGGCAGCAGGGAAAAGCACGGAUCAGCCUGAAACCAAACAAAUCUAAACCGAAGUCCACAGGAAAAAAGGAGGCUCAAAAACAUGAUGUUGUGAACAGUUUGCUUCCUUUGGUUUCAGACUCAAAAAUACAGAACACUUUAGAUGUGGUUACUCCGAGAACAGCGCAGACUGAGAAGCUCUCAAAGUCCAGUACAGAUUCUGGUUUUGAUAGCACUGGAAAGGGUACGAUGUCGGCGGUGGCACCGAAGAAGCGCUGGCAGACGUUCGAGCCUGAGAUCGAGCUCAGGGCAAAGCCAAAGGCUGAUCAGAGCAGCAUGACUGAGCAGAACAGGGUCAUACCUCCUGCCAGACUCAAUGGAGUAAUUGAAGAGAGCCACCAGAGCCCUCAGGUCAAUGCUACAGAGAAGGAUAGCUCUGAGAACAAAAGACUUCGGAAGCCGAGCAAGAGGCUGAUCGAGUGGAGCGAGGACUAUGAGCAAAUCUUCAUUUCGAAGAAGAAAACGAAGAAAACACCCGAGUCCUACAGAACUGUGUCUUCGAUUAAUAACACUAACGUCAGCACGUGUGAUCAGAUCCCGAAACCUCCAGCGGUUGACGGUUUGAGCUUAGCUGCAGAUCAGACGUCGGAGUCUUGGAUAACGGAACCGUCACAGCACGAAAUGCAGCUUGCUCUAGGUAAAGCAGAAGACGUUCUUUCUUCGACACCUUUAUCGACGCUUCAUAAACCUUCCGUGGUACAGGCAGUUGAAAAGUCGGUUGAAAAGAAAACAGCAUCUUCAGAAAGAAAAAAGACACGGAAGAUCGUGCAUAAAGUAACGGACUCGACUGGUGAGGAUGAGAUUCUCAGGAUCCCAAAGAAGAAGAAGGAGUCUAAGCAGCAGAGUCAUUGGGAAGAGGAAGCAGUGGUCAACGAUGUGCAGAAAAACGAAGUGCCUGGAACCACUCUGUCCGGCCCUUCUUCUAAAUCAGGUACAACACCCGGACUGGGUGACGCAGAGACGCCAUUAAAACAGUCUGCAACGCCUAGCGUCUUCCAGAGCCAAAUGCCAGGAGAGAAGUGCAGUCCAACUGAGCCCAAACCGGCCGAGAGGAAACUACGUGACAGCUCGGGACCUUUACACACGGAGGUGUUUGUUCCAGUUCUGAACGAGAGCGUGGUCCAGACCAGAGACUCAUUAACUCCUGAAAUAGGUCUGUCUAACGGUAAAAAGGCAUCAGAGAAAGGAGGCGGAGCCUCACUGAAGGAGAACGUUUGUCAGGUGUGUGAGAAGACAGGUGAGCUGCUGCUGUGUGAGGGACAGUGCUGUGGAGCGUUUCACCUACAGUGUAUCGGCCUCAGCGAGACUCCUAAAGGACGCUUCAUCUGUCAGGAGUGCACUUCUGGUGUGCACACAUGCUUUGUGUGUAAGCAGCCAGGCGAAGACGUCCGCCGCUGUAUGAUCCCGGUGUGUGGGAAGUUCUACCACAUGGCGUGUAUAAUGAAAUUUGCCCCCACUGUCCAACAGAACCGAGGCUUUCGCUGCUCUCUGCACUUCUGUCUGUCCUGCUAUAUCACCAACCCCACAAACCCCUCCAGCUCUAAGGGUCGCCUGACCCGCUGUGUGCGCUGUCCAUUGGCUUACCAUGCAAAUGACUACUGUAUGGCUGCCGGCAGUGUUCCUCUGGCCAACAACAGCUUCCUGUGUCCCAACCAUUUCACCCCCCGCAAAGGCUGCAAGAACCACGAGCACAUCAACGUCAGCUGGUGCUUCGUCUGCUCUGAAGGGGGCAGUCUUUUGUGCUGUGAAUCCUGUCCUGCUGCCUUCCAUCGUGAGUGUCUGAACAUCGAAAUGCCUGAAGAGAGCUGGUACUGCAACGACUGUCGCGCAGGCAAGAAACCCCACUACAAAGACAUCCUGUGGGUGAAAGUGGGCCGCUACAGGUGGUGGCCUGCAGAGGUGACUCAACCCAAGAACGUACCCGAGAAAGUGUUACGCAUGAAGCACGAGGUUGGCGAGUUCCCCGUACACUUUUUUGGCUCCAAGGACUACGUGUGGACCUACCAAGCUCGCUGUUUUCCUUAUAUGGAGGGCGACGCCCACAACAAGGAGACAAUGGGCAAAGGCACAGAUGCUGUCUACAAGAAAGCUUUAAACGAAGCUGCUGAGCGAUUCCGAGAGCUCCAGGCAGAGAAAGAGAUGAGGCAGCUUCAGGAAGAUAGGAAGAACGACAAGAAGCCCCCACCAUACAAACACAUUAAGGUGAACCGACCGAUAGGAAAGGUGCAGAUCGUGACCGCGGACCAGUCGGAGAUCCCGCGCUGUAACUGCAAGGCCACAGACGAGAGCCCGUGCGGCAUUGACUCGGAGUGUAUCAACCGCAUGCUGAUGUACGAGUGCCACCCGCAGGUGUGUGUGGCAGGAGAGAGGUGCCAGAACCAGUGCUUUACCAAGCGCGAGUACACUCCGGUGGAGAUCUUCAGGACACUGUCGCGUGGCUGGGGACUCCGUAGCAUCCAUGACAUCAAGAAGGGUGCUUUUGUGAGCGAGUACGUGGGUGAGGUGAUCGACGAGGAGGAGUGUCGCGCCAGGAUCAAGCACGCUCAGGAGAACGACAUCAGCAACUUCUACAUGCUCACGCUGGAUAAGGAUCGCAUCAUUGACGCAGGGCCGAAGGGAAACCAGGCACGCUUCAUGAACCACUGCUGCCAGCCCAACUGUGAGACCCAGAAGUGGACAGUGAACGGAGACACGCGGGUCGGUCUCUUCGCCCUAGUCGACAUUCCUGCAGGCGUCGAGCUCACCUUCAACUAUAACCUGGAGUGUCUGGGUAACGGCAAGACGGUGUGUAAAUGUGGAGCGUCCAACUGCAGCGGCUUCCUGGGCGUGCGACCGAAGAAUCAGCCCCCGUCUGAGGACAAGGGCCGCAAAGGGAAGAAAAAAAUGUCUACAAAAAGGAAGAGUCAGCUGCAGGUGGUGAAGGAGCGCGAGGAUGAAUGUUUUUACUGCGGAGACGGCGGGCAAAUCGUCUCCUGUAAGAAGCCCGGCUGCCCCAAAGUGUACCACGCCGACUGUCUGAACUUGUCCAAGAGACCUGCAGGUCGUUGGGAGUGUCCUUGGCACCAGUGUAACAAGUGUGGCAAAGAGGCGGCGUCGUUCUGCGAGAUGUGCCCCAACUCGUACUGCAAGCAGCACCGUGACGGCAUGCUGUUCAUCUCCAAGCUGGACGGCAAGCUCUCGUGCAGCGAGCACGACCCAUGUGGCCCUGAUCCCCUGGAACCUGGAGAGAUUCGCGAGUACAUCCCGGGAAUGUGCAUCUUAUCCACACCACCCAGUACAUCCCAGUGUAGUUUAACCCCGCCCUCCCCCAAGUUCUACAUCCCACCUGCACCUGUAAGAACGUCCUACGGCAGCCGGCAAGUGCCCUUUGACGACGAGGUAGUGUUGGAAGAAGACCUGCUUCCCGCCACUUCUCUGUCUAAAGGGGUGAAAGACGACGCCAUGACUGAGGUAGAGGAUGGAGAGGUUGUGGAAGGGAUGAUCGGCGGUGAGGACGUAGGACUGGAAGUCAUCGGAGGCGAAGACGAGGAGGUGGACUGUGAGGAUUUCGCAGAUGAUGGCGAAGAGUCGGAAUAUGAUGAGGACUAUUGGUAUGAAGACGGAGGCACCGACAACGACUUUGACGCUGAAGGUUUAGAGGAUGAGUCGUAUAGGGGGAAGUGAGCAAUUUGUGUUUACUAUUCAUCCAUCCAGCCAUCCAUACAUCCUUCUAUACAGUCACUCACUGGCUCACUAGACGCCGUUGGCUGUCGGGCAGCGAGAUCGGCCAAGUGUCAUUUCUCGGUUAGUUACACUUUGUAGCCUGUAGGAACGAAGCAGGGAAUCUGAUCUCACAUAAGCGCUCUUACCUGGAGAUCAGCUAGUGCGUGCUCAGCUGGAUGCAAUGCCACUCUUUUUGACUCUAACAGACCUGGGCAACAUGCUGAGCUUGAGACAGAUCCAGUCAGCUUGCCUUCUUUACCCAAGUCCACUUGGGACUGGAAAAAUUAAGUGGUGCUGUGGACCUUUGGCUGUUCAGUCAGACGGUCUGUAUCGGGUGUAAAGUUACUGUCUGGUGCUUCUUUGUGUUUCUGUUUCGUUUUGUCAUCUCCACCUACUGUUUACAUUUUUAUCUUUAGGAAAACCAUGGAUGGGGUCGGAUAUUAGACAGCUGGUUAGCUCGUCAUGAUGACACUGUGUCUUAGAGAACGCAUGAAUUGGGGAAAAUAUAGACUUUUAUAUGGUUAACACUGGGUCUGAUGCCAUAGAUUGGGGUUUGGGUCAUAUUAUUCACACAGUGCUCAAGUUAACACACACACAUACAUGGAAAUAUAUUUUUCAUUUAAAAAGCUUCGUCGGUUCUUCCAUAAAAGACAGAUUUUGUGAAAGUGAGCUUUGGUCCAGUGGUUAUUUAAGGAUAACAGGAAGCGUUUUCGAUCCAAUUCUCGGACGUUUAUAGAUUGACAGAGAAUUUAAAUUAAAGAAUUGAUAUUCUGGUAGUCUAAAUCUCACUUGUGUCCAAAUGAUACUUCUCCACUUUAAAUAGUAUUUGAGAUGGAGUCAGAUGUUUCUGGAUUUGGAUUGGACCGACAAGCCGUCAUGUCAGCGAUGCACUUUUGGUUACUGAUCAUCCUUUUAAAUAUAAUCAGUAAGCUGGUCCUGUGUGUCCCAUUUACAAUUUGGUGACAUUAAAUUAAAUUAGAAAAAAAAGCAUUUGGCAAUCACAAGCCCUAACAGUGUGGAUUAUAAAAAUAAAUGAAACAUGUGAGCAAGAGUAGAGACAAUGUCAAUUGUAAAAAGCGCUAUACAAAUAAACUUGAAUUAAAUUGAAUUGAGUACAGUAACAGUUUAAGUGCACUAAAAAUUCAUUUAACUGGACAGAAAGACCUGCCUUUUGCUGUGAAGAUGAAACUAAAGCAAAACAAACCUAAAUGACUGCAGCUUUAGUUUUACUUUAAGAUUUAUCACGACAUUCCAGGUAACCGGCGUGUUUUCUGCACUACACGUUACAGGACAGACCCUCCAGGAUAAUCAGAACACCCACAGAUUUGGUAUCUUAGUGGUUAAGGUGGUGGACUAACGAUCAGAAGGUUGUGAGUGCGAAUCCCAGGUCCAUCAAGCUGUCAUUGAUGGGCCCCUGAGUAAGGCCCUUAACUCUCAAUUGCUCGUUUGUAUAAAUUGAGAUGCAAUAGGCGUCUGGCGAAUGUUAAACAUAUUUAAACCGCAUGUGUCAGGAAUCACAUCCCAAGAAUCCUGUGCUUUUAAUUUAUAUAGAUAAAUUCAAAAAGCGGGGGGCACGGUGUCUUAGUGGUUAGCACGUUCGCCUCACACCGACAGGGUCGGGGUUCGAUUCCCGCCUCCACCUUGUGUGUGUGGAGUUUGCAUGUUCUCCCCGUGCCUCUGGGGUUUCCUCCGGGUACUCCGGUUUCCUCCCCCAGUCCAAAGACAUGCAUGGUAGGUUGAUUGGCAUCUCUGGAAAAUUGUCCCUAGUGUGUGAUUGCGUGAGUGAAUGAGAGUGUGUGUGUGCCCUGCGAUGGGUUGGCACUCCGUCCAGGGUGUAUCCUGCCUUGAUGCCCGAUGACGCCUGAGAUAGGCACAGGCUCCCCGUGGCCCGAGGUAGUUCGGAUAAGCGGUAGAAGAUGAAUGAAUGAAUGAAAUUCAAAAAGCACAAAAAGACUUAAUUGAGAACUUUUGGCCACAGCGAUCGCAAAAAAUCCUGGAGGGACCGAUUUAUACGAACAGGCUCGGUCUUCAUGAAAGCAGUUCGGCAGACAGACAGACAGACAGACAGACAGACAGACUACUCUUCCGAAAUACUACUCUUCAAUUCUACACUUCUAAUUUACCCUUUUUUUUAAUAUAACAGAAAUUCUCCAUUUUUUUUCAGGGUUUUGUAAAAAAAAAAAAAAAAAAAAAAAAAAAAAAAAAAAUUUCCAACAAACUCUAGUCAUGGACCGUAGAGCCACACGUAUUAAAAAUAAAAAAUUGGUUAACGAGAGUUAAGAAUGAAAAAGUCUUUUUUCCAGACUGGUACUUUGUUUAAAUAGUUUCCUCACUUUGACAAACUAUUCUUCCGUUUACUCGUUGCUCAAUAUCUGUUCUGUCACAUGGUUUCUACAACAAUACCGACACGGUUCUGGAUGUCUUAUUGUGAGAUUAGACAACAAUUUAUACUUCGGUAGACACUUAAUACAGAGCAGGAAGAGUGAGAUUUAAAAAAAAAAACGGAAAUCUGAAAUACAAAUUGCUAACAGAACGAAAGCUAGCAGAAGAGUUAGCGUUUGAGAUGAACUGGUUUCAACCUUAGUGGCAGCCUUGUAGGAUAUUCCAAUGAACUUUGACCCUGGCUUAGUAACACACCCAUUAGAUAAUCACAGGUUUGUGUCUGGUUUAUUAAUAGCAUAGAAGGCGUACCUCAAGGGUCAACAUUGAGUCCUCGUAGACCUUCUGUAUCUUCUUCAUAAAACUUUAAAUCGUUAAAAAAAGAAUGAAACUUGUGGAUUGUAUAUUGAUUUUAUUUUCCAUUCGAUCUGACAAUGAAAAUACAUUACAGGACUUUUGGAAUGAAAAAAAAAAAGGACUCCCAACUAAAGCGAGAGACCGCUGUUCCAAAUGAAGGACACUCAUUUUAUUUUUAUUUUUUUUUUUAAUUAUUAUUUCAAAAAUGUUCUUGGCCUCACAAUCAUUUCUCUUUUGAUAUUCACUGAAUGUUAAACUUCCUGCCCCACUUGUUUUGUUCUUUUUGUUGUAAUCUUUACAGCAGCCAUUUUUCUUUUAAAAAAAAAAAAAAAAAAAAAAAAAAGAGAAGCAUGUUUGCUUUCCUUUAGUCUUUUCAUAUUUAUGGACUUUGUAGAAUCAGUUCUCACUGUUUUACACUUUUGUUGUACAUUUCUGUGUGUGUGUGUGUGUGUGUGUGUGUGUGUGUGCGCAAAUGCGAGCAUGUGUGUUUUUGUAUGGCGUGUUAGCUGCCGAAUCCGAGUGUGCUUUGGUGCUGCGAAGAAGAAGAAGAAGACGAAACGUACACCGGGUUGGUCUGUGGAAAGUGGGGCAAUGUCGGUGCUGCCAUGUUAGAAGCCUCUUCAACUGUACUGUACUCCUUUGUGUAUAUGAAAAUAUUAUAAGUAAAGUUUUACAGUAGAGACAUA